AGGCCUAAGUAACCGCUCACUCCCCCCACUACAUAAGCCGCUCCAAUGCCAUCGGUUAAGCUUUUUGGCCAACCCUUCUCUCUCACAGCAUCUGUAUUGAAAAAAAAGAAAAAGAAACAUGAACUCCGAUUCCGACUUCCAUUUCGCUCUUCCUCCGACCCAUGAAAUCCUCACUUCCUUCGCUUCGAUCCCCAACACCAACUCCUCUCUCGCGAGAUACGACCCUAACCCACGCAAGAAGCGCUCCCGACUGAUACAGUUCGAUUCCAACUUGAGCGUGCCGAGUCCCUCGGGCGUUUCGAGGCCCAAGUAUGGGAAGAAGCCUGACCCCGGGUUGCCGAAGAUCACCCGGCCGUGCAGCGAGUGCGGGAAGAAGUUCUGGUCGUGGAAGGCCCUGUUUGGCCACAUGCGGUGCCACCCCGAGCGCCAGUGGCGUGGGAUGAACCCGCCGGCGAACUUCAGGCCGGUUGCAGAUUCCCCAGCCAAGUCUUCGAGCAGGACCAUCGUUGAUCAAGGGGUGAUGACAGAAGAGGAUCAUGAAGUCGCAAUGUGCUUGCUCAUGCUGGCUGACAACGCUCCAAUGGAUGCAGAUUCGCCUCGUGCCGCAACAACAAAUGAAGGGCUUCGGAAUUCUGACAUGUUUCCCGCAGGAGACGUGCGAAUGGGGGUCGAUCACAAUACCGACGGGGGAUGCCGGUCGGAUUCAAGCGGUCAAUUCGAGUGCUCGAGUUGCAAGAAGGUGUUCGGGUCGCACCAGGCCUUAGGGGGGCACAGGGCAAGCCACAAGAACGUCAAGGGCUGCUUCGCAAUGGCGAGGAGCGGUGACGGCGAGGUGGGUUUCCAUAAUGCCAGUUACUCAUUAGACUGUAAUCAGGACUUCAUUGCUGCGCCCUUUAAGGACCAUGGUGGGGAGGAUAAUAUGACGCUUGAUUUAGGGCACCAGUGCAGUAUUUGCCUGAAGGUCUUCUCUAGUGGUCAAGCCCUUGGCGGGCACAAGAGGUGCCACUGGGAGAAAGGAGAAGAGCCAUUCUUGGCUCAAGGUCUCAACGCUUUCGCGACGAAAGAGCCGCUACCUCGUUCUACUUUGGACUUAAACUUGCCUGCCUUGGUUGGAGAGGGUUCGGCCUCGUCUUGCUUUUCUGAUCUGACUCUGGAUUUGAGGUUGGGAAUUUGAUUAUGCGGGUUUGGUUUUCUAAUUUUACUGUGUCAUUUGAAGUUGUGCUGUCUUAUGUGUACCAUUGAUAUCUUCUGACUUGGAUAGGGUUGGGCACCCCAACAUUUAUU